CUUUUAUUCUGCGGUCGUAACGUGACAUCAUAUCAACACGGCUGCUCGUAGCGUGGACUGUAAACAAAGCAGCAAAAUGAUCUCUUCUCCCUUCCCUACUAUUAAAGAGUCGGUGGAACGUCAGGAAAUAAUUUUCAUAUGUAAAAGAUGGCGACCGUGACGAGAUUGCAGAGAUACACAGCGCUUUCUAAGAAGGGGAUCUUUCGAAAUACAGGUGGUGAAUGCUGGCACCAUGCACGGACCUCGAAGAAGGCUGAAGGUUGUCGUGAUGACUAUAAUGACUGCGUUCUUCUUCAUCAUAGUGGAAGUUUCAAGAAUCGCCAGCCAAGAUAAACGCGGCUGGAACAAAAUCCGAAUCCCCACCAAACCGUUCUGGGGCAAACUGUCCCCAAACAAAGCCUACUGGAACCGGCAUCAGCAGAAGCUGGACCAUUUGUACAACCCGAUCCUGAAAGGACAUAACGCCUCACUCGGUGGUCUACUGCCAGACUGGCUAAACGACACGGUAGCCCAAGACUCCUGCGAGCCGGACUACCGGGUCAUGUCACAAGUGGAGAAUUUUAGCUUGCUUCCAGAUCGUUUUAAAGACUUUCUGUUGUACAUGCGAUGCAGGUCGUAUCGCAUGGUCGUGGACCAGCCUCAGAUAUGCAAAAAUCAGCCUUUUUUGUUGCUGGCCAUCAAAUCCAUGGCAUCUCAUUUUGACCGGCGUCAGGCGAUACGACAGUCCUGGGGUCGAGCCGGUGUUUUAGCAAACAAGACCGUAGUGACUGUAUUUCUUCUUGGCAACGCCACUGCUGUGGACAAUUUUCCAGACUUAUCACCAAUGUUAGCGUACGAGAGCUCCAUGCACGGAGACAUCCUUCAGUGGGACUACAGGGACUCCUUUUUUAACCUGACCGCCAAGGAGGUCCUUUUCCUUGAGUGGUUCAACACUCGCUGUCCAAAUGCUAGCUUCAUAUUUAAAGGUGAUGAUGAUGUUUUCGUUAACACUUUACUUAUUAUAAAAUUCCUCAAGGGUCUGUCGCCUGCCAAGGCACAGGACCUGUUUGUUGGGGAUGUAAUAACGAAUGCUGGACCUCACCGGGACAAGAAGGUUAAGUACUACAUCCCUGAGAGCAUUUAUGUUGGCAAGUAUCCACCAUACGCGGGUGGUGGAGGGUACCUUUACUCCGGAACAGUGGCCAAGGGGCUCCAUAGGAUCAUGAACAAGGUGCCACUGUACCCCAUUGACGAUGUCUACACGGGCAUGUGCUUGAGGAAACUGGGACUUGCCCCGCAGAAGCACAAGGGUUUCCGAACUUUCGGCAUCGAGGAGAAAUACCGUAACAAUCCAUGUGCCUAUAAGAGUCUGAUGCUGGUUCACCCGAGAAGUCCGCAGGACAUGAUAAAAAUAUGGGCGUGGCUUAAAAAUACUGCUUUAAAUUGUCAGUGAAAGUUCACACGAGGCCUUUCAACAACCUCAGGGUUGUUAGUCUGUAAUUGGCAGCUAAGCUUAUUAUUAUUAUUAUUAUUAUCAUCAUUAUUAUUAUUAUUAUUAUUGAUUGUUUGUGCAUCAUCACAACUCUUGAAGUGAUCACCUUCUUUACGUUAUGUCUCCAAUAGUGUUAAAGGUUUUUACACUGAACACACGUUGCUCCGUCACGGUACCGUAUGUUCAUGGGAAGUUCAGCUGGUUUGAACUUGGUGCUGGUUUAAAACAAAACAAACAAAA